AUGUAUCGGAAGUUGUCUAAGUUAGAACACUCGGAAAUAAAACAACUUCUUACAGAAGCUAACAUAGAAGUAGCAAAACAUUACGCGACAAACAAAAAGGCACUCGCUGAAAUCCUCAAUGACUAUAAUGGUGCUAUAAGCUAUGAUAGAAUUCAUGAGUUCAUAAAUGCAAGAGCAUUUCCUUUAAAUGACGUUGCUAUUGACUUAUAUCAUAGACGUUCAGUACCACAUGAAGUAAGAAGAGAAAUGUUUGACAUAACAAAUGCAAACGUUGGUCAUACUCGUAAAGCUCUUUCGCAUGAUGUUCGUCAAGAGAUGUUUGAACUUACGAACUCAAACGUUGGUGAAACAAGAAGAGCUGUACCUCAUGAAGUAAGAAGAGAAAUGUUUGACAUAACAAAUGCAAACGUUGGUGAAACAAGAAGAAGAGACGACACACUGAAACAACAGAGAAGAGAGAUGUUUAAGAGCGCUAUAGAACAAGUUCGCAAAGCUAAUGAUGUCAUUCGUUCUAUUGACGACAAACCAAAACAAGAAUGA